UGCUGCUGCUCUGCGGUGCUACCUACACUCCGGCGUGUCACCUGAUCGUGGGACACUUUUCGCGGGUGAGAUACUACUAUACUUUACUACCGGCCAGUCAGCCGUUCUCUUUUUCUCCUUCUGUACUCCUUCCUUCGGCUGCUCACGCACACAGUCCCUCGACUACUCACGUUUAGUCGGUACACGGCAUCACACACCAUCCAGAUCAGCUCCGCGGUUGUGUUUUUAAACGACUCCGAAAAUUUAAAUCCUCUGUCAUCAUUUAGUAUCGAGUGAUCACACCGAUGACACUCAUACGUGUCGUGACUUGGCUUCUGCUGAUGUGUGCUGCUGCUAUCAGAGACGACAGUUAUAAAAAAAUAAUAUUACUAUCAACAAUAAUAAUAAUUAAGUUUCACGAGUGACAACAAGUUGUGACAACAGAGACUACAGUACAUUGUGAUUUACUGAGUGACUUUGCUAAGUUUCCGCAGUACAACUGCUGGAUCUACACGUAAUCCUCUUGAGAAGUUGUAUGCAUAGACAUAUAUUUUUUUUUUCCACUUUAUGACUUUAUUAUUUAUCGUGCGGUGGUUGUGCGACUGGAUUAUUAUCACAAGUACUGAUACGUAUCAUAAUCGUAUCAUCCGCGAUACAGAUCUCUGUUUAGUGCCGAUGGCUGAAUAAACUUAACAGAGAUCGACGUCAAGUGCCGAUACAUCACACAGAGUUCAGCGGCGUAAAAAGGACCUUCAACUGUGUAGCUACAGAUAUAUAAGCGCAUGUACAUCAGAAGAUAAAGAUAUCUUGGGACAAUCCGAGAUUUCGAUUCGAAUCAUCAGAGUUCUUGAGCGGUGAAAUGUCGUUAAAUCGAUGAAGCGGCAAAGCCACAAGGAUACUGUGAAAAAAAACGAGCUGGUGGACGGUGUGAACAUCAGUAUCGUUGAUACGAUCUACGUCCAUUUGUGUGACUUAGCAGCGACGGCAGCAGCUGCGAGAGAAAUCGUCUGGGAUUAGAAAGAGCGAAAGAACUGAGAGAAAAGAGAAAGAGUUAAUCGAGAGAGUGAGACGGCAUAAAGAAAGAACAAUGGCAAGCGCGACUAUGGGUUUACGUCGUCGUGUACCAGUCAACAACAAUCCACCGACAGCGUCCCACCACUCGACGUCAGCGAGUAAACGCUCGAGGUCGGAGAAUAACAACAAUCCGUCCCACGGUAAUCUCAACUCAUUGAGUGGCGGACGAGACGAACCGACUGCUAAGAAAUCUCGCGGGAGCGGAUUGUCCAGUAGCAGAACUAAUGCUUCUUCCAAUAACAGCAAUGUGGACAACAACAACGGCCACCACGGAUCAAAGAGAGGAUCUGCGAGCUCGAAAUCCCGAGGUAAAAGUCCUCUACAGACUACUGGAUCAUCAGUCACGACACCAGUCGGUUCAGCUGCAUGUGCAACUGUGGGACACGAGACUGGGGAUCUCACUGGAGGAUUUAAUGUACUUACUCCCUCGCCUUGGUCUGUUCCAACAAGUCUCUCGGCCAUGUCAGGAUUGAAUGUUUCUGGCGGGCAUCAGUCUGGUCUCUGUACCGGCGGAUUAACGAUGCCACCGUCAAUUCCUUACAUGGCGACCUCGAUGGCGACCUUCGUUGGUAAUGCCACAAACCUAAACAAGAACUCGUCAGUCUCGUACCUCGAUAUAUCCAACAUGACUAGCGGUUCUCUUGCCGGCAGCUCGGGAUCCUCAUCAUCAUCAUCAUCAACAACAAAUGCCACGAGCACUGGUAAAUUAAAUGGUUACGGUUCUUCACCGAGCGGCUGCAACAAAACGUCCGGCGGUAUGGCGGAAACAAAGUCGAACAACAACAACAACAACAACAACAGCAACAACCCACCAGUCCCCAUGGCAUUUCCCGGCGUAGUACCCAGCCCAGGAAUGCCGUAUGGCGUCGGCAAGCUCACUGCUUCCCAGUGUGAGCCCGUUAAUGUUCCCGCUCCCGUUAAGUUUCAAAACGACAGCAUGUACAAUGCGUACCAGCCAUGGGUCAUUAAAACCUACGGUGACUUGGCCAAAACAAAGACCAUAACUAUUAAAAAGUACGGAAGAAUUCUACGCACGUUGAGGGGUGAAGAGGUCAACAGCGCAGAGAACAGCAAGUUUAGAUUUUGGGUUAAGAGCAAGGGGUUUCACAUCGGCCAGCCGGAAGGAUACGAUGCAAAACCAGCGGACAGGAUAAUCGGUCGUCAUGCUGUCACAAGUCCGGGUUUAGACCCGCCUCUAUAUGUGCCCACGCAAUUGCCACACAAUAAGGCUCUAAGUGGCGCCGAGGGAACAGUUCCAGGGAGGGUCUACAAAAAAGUGGCAAUCGUCGAGAAUUUUUUUGACAUAAUUCACGCAGUCCACGUUGAUCUGGAAGGUCGUCCAGGCAAACACGCUGGUCAAAAACGCACAUACAGAACCAUAACAGAAACAUACGCAUUUCUGCCUCGUGAAGCGGUGACGAGGUUCCUGUUGGGCUGCACAGAGUGUCAACGUCGCCCCAGGUCCCCGAGCCCGAGCAAUCUGGCCAAUCAAUCGCAAGCAGUGGCGGCUGCUGCAGCGGCGGCGGCCAUAGCAGCAACAACGUCAGACGUCGUGACAACAACAGGGAGUACUGUGACACGAACCCCGAGGAGUCCUACCCCAGCAAUAGCUCUCUCUGCGACGCCAACACAAAGCAGUCCACGUCCUCGUGAAGCCAGUAAUCCGCCUGAGAGCAAAAGUUUAUUUAGCUACAGGCAUCCAAAGCACCACCACCACCACCACCACCAUCAAGCUCACCAACACGCCCACAGAAAUUCAGCAGUCACUGUUGGAGAAAAAAGUAAUAAUACUAGCAAUGCUGCUAUUGCUGCUACUGCUACUGUCACUGAUACUAGCGCUAGUAAUAAUAAUAAUAAUAAUAAUAAUAAUAAUAAUAAUAAUAAUAAUAGUAGUAGUAGUAGUAAUAGUAGUAGUAAUAGUAAUAACAAAGACAAGGAACCGGACCAACAUCAUCAUCACCACCACCAUCAUCACCAUCACCAUCACCACCGGGACAAGGACAAUGGCAAUAAAAAUAAUAAUAAGAAGGAGAAGACAGUCGGUGGUGGUAAAGUGAACAAAGAUAAAGAGGAAAAGUAUAAUCCGCUGAGUAUUAGUAAUUUGCUAAAGAAAGACCCCUCGAGUUUUCCAUCGGCGUCCGAGAACAACGGAAACUUGAGCACAACUACGACAACUACGACGACAACAAGCUCACCGGCAACGACGCCAACAGAGUCACGGAGGACCCCAGAGUCUGAUCGAGCUAGUUCUCGAAGUUCGGCUUCUUCCAAGAGAAAGAGGAUGCUUCCCGAAGGCAGAACACCCUCACCCACUCCGCCCGGGCCGCUGGCAAGGCCCUGGAGUCCCGGUAUCGAUUUGUCGAAAGACACUCCCGUCGACUACAGUCUUCCCAUUACCACGACGUACCUGAAGCAUCAGCAGAAAAUAAUCGCGGAGAAGAACAAAGCCACUGCCUUAGCGAUCGCCUUGGAGGAAGUACAAAGGAAGUCUAUGGAGGAGGAUGCCGAGCUGCUUGCUGGCAAUGCAAAUGCGAAUGCUGGUGCUAAUGUCGGUGUCGGUGUUUGUGGCAGCCUUCCCGAUAACAUUUCCGCCGAGAGAGAUCAAUAUUCACCUGCCGGACUGAUCGAUACCAACCUCAGUUUGCUUGCCACUAUCCAACACUUGCACUGCCAGGUCAUGAUGGCUUUGACUGAGAGACUCAGACCCUCCGGGCUGCCAACGUCUUUGAUGCUCCCACCGGCGCCCACUAUUCUUCCGAUCCAGCCCUACAGUUUCAUUCGUGAUAUGUCGAUACCCGCGGCUUUGGCUUACAAUCAUUCCUGAUUGUACCAACCUAACUAAUAACUUAUUAUAUUUAUUGUUAUUAUUAAUAAUUAUAAAUUAAUUCAUUCAUUAAUUAACUCAUUUGGUAAUUAAUACACUAGUCUGAUAAUUUACACGUCGGCUUUUACUUUGCACUGACAAAAAAAUCCGACAAAUUUGAUUUAAUCAAGAAAAAUAUAUAUUUACUGCUUUUUAUUAAACACUAAUGAUUUAUUUUCAUUUUAAUCAGUAUUUUAAUUAUAUCGAUAAUAAUUAUUGCUUAUUAAAGUAGAGGAGAUUGGGGCAAAAUGGACUUCCCUAAAAAUUUUAUAAAAUUUUUAUAAACGUCAUACAUUUUUAUGUUUCAUAUAUUUGCCAAAUUUCGAAGUAAUAAGAGAUAUAAGGGGCAUAAUGUACCUCCUAGAAAAUUAAAAAAAAAAAGUUUUUUUUCCAUAGUCUAGAUUUAUGACUUUGAUGUAAUUUACAAAUUUCCUGUUCAAUAAAAAUAUAUAUAUAUUUUUUUUUUUUUUCAAAUUCUGGCAAAAUUAAGACGGAUUUUUUGACGUAAAAAAAUUUGUACCCGGUAAUUAAAAGCCACUAAAAAUAAUUACCGGUUUAGGGAGUCCGUCAUACCCCACUCUAUUUAAAAAAAAAAAAAAUGAGAGGAGUGAAGUUGACCGGACAGUACUCGGAAAAAUCUAAAGAGAGUUAUUUAGUAAAAUUGCAUCAUAGUUUAUAAAUAUAUUCGGAUAUAUAUAUUUACAUACAUAUAUUUACACAAAUAAAAGGAGUAAAUUAUUUUAUUUUUGUAAAAAAAAAUUUCUAAAAAUAGUUGCAAGUACAAAUAGACACUUUGGCAUGUAACUGCAACUGACGUAAAAAAUAUUACGGGUAACUUUAAUGGCUUUGUAAAACAAAGUUUUAAAUUUUCACGAGUAAAGUCACCGACGGUUUUUUCGGCGACGUCGUUCUAGAUCGUACACGUAAAAGAUGUAAGACGUGUUACAUCCCAGCUGAAGUACCGACAUCCCUGCAAAAGGUCAACUUCACGAUCCGCCUGUUUCAUUACGUCAUUACUAUUAUUAUUAUCAUCAUCAUACUUUUUUUUUUUUUUGUUUUACUUUCUAUUCUUAAGUCGGACGCAUAAACGUUUCGUCAGCUACUUGUAUUAUUAAUUGCUUACUGUACAGUAGCAUAGUCGCUGUGUGAUUGAUGCUAAUUAUUAAAAAAAAAGUAUUUAAUAUUUAAUAUUAAAAAAAAAAAAAAUAGUAAUUAGAUUUCAAAAUAUUUAAAAAUAAAUGCUUGUGAAAUUUUUUUAUAGAUCGAUUGCCA